AUGGCAUCUCGUGUCAACAUUGUCCAAGUGCAAAUCCUCGACAAUCCGGCCAUGUUCACCGACAAGUUCAAGCUGGAGAUCACAUUCGAGGUCUUCGAGAACCUCCCGCACGGUACCCUGUGACGCCCAGUCUGAUGAAAGUGUAAAUUUUAGAUCUCGAGUGGGAGCUUGUCUACGUCGGUUCGGGAACUUCCCGCGAAUUCGAUCAAGUGCUCGACUCGGCGCUCGUCGGCCCGAUCCCAGAGGGACGUCACAGGUUCGUGUUCGACGCCGAUCAUCCGGAUAUUUCGAAGAUUCCGGUUGACGAUAUUGUCGGAGUGAGCGUGCUUCUGCUCCGUUGCAAGUACAACGAGCAGGAGUUCAUCAACAUGGGAUGGUUCGUCGCCAACGAAUACACCGACGAGGCUCUCAAGGAGAACCCGCCGGCUCAGCCGAUCGUCGAGAAGGUAAAUUGGAGCUUAACUUUGGAUGUCGAUGAAACGAACACUAGACAGUUUGAUUACAGCUGUCUCGCAAAGUUGAGACGGAAGAUCUGCGUGUGACGACGUUUCCGAUCAAGUGGACGGACGAAGAUCCGAUUGCCGACGCCGUCGAGGCCGAACCGGAGCGUGUCUUCGCUGAGGACGAUCUGUUGCCGUUGAACGACGAUGGCCAGGAAGACGACGAAGACGACGAGGACGUAAGAACUGACUCCCGGUGUGUAUUCAGAGAGAAACCGUUUCAGGAAGACGAAGAUAUGGAGGGAGGUGCCACCGAAGAGAUCGAUCUGAACGAAAGCUUCAAUGAGCGUUUGGCCAACGCCAUCGACAGAAUGGACGAGGAGCAGCAGAAGGGGGACGGAAAGGAUGCGGAAGAGGCGACUGGAGACGUCGAGAUGGGUGAGUGAAAGGAAUGCAUGAGAAGUGCCCUCUAGAAGUGUCUAUAAUAUUGUAGAAGACGAGCAAGGAGUUCAGAUCAACAACAGUGACAAAGUCGUCGAGUCGACUGCUGACCCGUUCUCUGACAAGACCAACAACGAGAUGAUCCACUGA